GUGUACAUUUGUGCUUCAAAAGAGGGCGCUGUUAAUGUUGUGCAGCGUGAAAAAAAUCGCUCGUGCGAUAUCAAAACAUCAGAAAAAUGGCGGACAUUGAACAGAUAUCACAGCUUGAAGUGCUGUGCAAGCAGCUGUACGAGACCACAGACGCCGAGCAGCGGGCUCAGGCGGAGAAAGCCUUGGUCAGCUUCACCAACUCACCGGACUGUCUGAGCAAGUGUCAACUUCUGCUAGAGAGAAGCAGCUCAGCUUAUGCCCAACUCCUCGCUGCCACAACACUCACCAAACUCAUUUGCCGGCCGUCGACAGUCCUUCCGCUUGAACAAAGAAUAGACAUCAAAAACUACGUGUUGAACUACCUAGCUAGUCGGCCCAAGCUGCCAACGUUUGUCACGCAAGCGCUCAUCCAUUUGCAGUCGCGUAUCACCAAGCUGGGAUGGUUUGACAGUGAGAAAGAUAACUGGGUGUUCCGGAAUAUCAUUGAUGAUGUUUCCAAAUUUUUACAGGGAUCUGUGGACCAUUUUGUCAUUGGCGUUCAGCUGAUGGCACAACUAGUCAAUGAAAUGAACCAGGUUCGUACAAAUCCCGACACUGUUAGACCAUUGACUAAGCACAGGAAGAUUGCGUCUUCAUUCCGCGACUCUGUUCUCUUUGAGAUUUUCAACUUGGCCUGCAAUCUCCUAAAGCAGGCCUCAAAGGAAGGUGUAAACUUCAACGAUGAAAACAAACACGCGCUCAUGACACAGCUGUUGCGGUUGACCCACAAUUGCUUGACCUUUGACUUCAUCGGUACCUCGACAGACGAGUCGACUGACGACAACUGCACUGUGCAGAUACCUACAGGGUGGAGAUCAGCAUUCCUAGAUUUCAGCACGGUCAAUCUCUUCUUUGAUCUGUACAAGUCUCUCCCCCCAACUCUUUCACCCCUGGCACUGACGUGUUUAGUUCAAAUUGCUUCAGUGCGUCGCUCGUUAUUCAACAAUGCAGAGAGGGCCAAGUUUUUGUCGCAUCUGGUCAACGGUGUCCGAGGGAUACUAGAAAGCCCACAGAGUCUGUCGGGUGCAAACAAUUACCACGAGUUCUGCCGGCUUCUGGCCAGACUCAAGUCCAACUAUCAGCUAGGGGAACUGGUGAAAGUGGAAAACUACUCAGAGGUCAUCGCACUCAUCGCAAAGUUCACAAUCGAAAGUUUACAGGUAUGGCAGUUUGCCCCCAACAGUAUCCACUACCUCUUGACGCUGUGGCAGCGCAUGGUGGCCUCGGUGCCCUACGUCAAGGCCACAGAGCCCCACCUCUUGGAGGUCUACACGCCGGAGGUGACCAAGGCCUACAUCACGUCCAGGCUGGAGUCCGUCAGCGCUAUCCUGAGGGACGGGGUGGAGGAUCCGCUGGAGGAUAAAGGGAUGGUCCAGCAGCAGUUGGAUCAGUUGUCAACAAUUGGUCGCUGCGAGUACGAGAAGACCUGCACGCUGCUCUUUCAACUGUUUGACACGUCGGCCCAGAAGUACCAGGAGCUGAUACGGACCAACACAACAGGGUUUGAAUUAGCCACGCAAGAAGGUCGGUUGACAUGGUUGGUGCUGAUAAUUGGUGCGCAGAUCGGCGGCAGGGUGUCCUUUACUAGCGCUGAGGAACACGAUGCACUGGAUGGCCAGCUAGUCUGCAGAGUAUUACAGUUGAUGAACCUGACGGACGCCAAGCUGCCUCAGGGAGGUUGUGAGAAGCUAGACCUGGCCAUGCUCAGCUUCUUUGAGCAUUUCACCAAGAUCUACCUGGGCAAUCAGGUCCAAAAAUCAUCCAAGUUGUACAGAACGUUAUCACAGGUUCUAGGUCUUCAGGACGAAUCAACAGUGCUUAGUGUAUUCAUUGGAAAAAUCAUAACCAACCUGAAAUACUGGGGUCAGAGCGAGCCAAUCAUUGCCAAGACCCUGAAGUUCCUGAGCGAACUCUCCGUCGGCUACAGCAGUGUACGCAAACUGGUGAAGCUGGACGCUGUGCAAUUUAUGCUGAGCAACCACACGAGUGAUCACUUUCCAUUCCUGGGCGUCAACGGCACGUUCUCUGUUGGCGACAUGCGCUGCCGGACGACGUUCUACACCGCCCUCGGUCGGCUGCUCAUGGUCGACCUUGGCGAGGACGAAGACCGGUUUGAAACGUUCAUGAUGCCCAUCACCUCGGCGUUUGAGUUUGUGGGCGCGCAGCUGGCAAACGCUAACGACGGGGCUGUUUGGAAUGAGGCCGAGACAAAGAGGACGUUAAUCGGUUUAGCCCGAGAUCUCCGAGGUAUUGCGUUCGCCUUCAACAACAAGCCCAGCUUCCUCAUGCUGUUUGAAUGGAUAUACCCAUCCUACACCCCUAUUCUCCAGCGUGCCAUUGAGUUGUGGUACCAUGAACCCAUCGUGACCACGCCUAUCCUGAAACUCAUGAUGGAGCUCGUGCAGGACCGAUCUGAGCGGUUGCACUUCCACGUGUCCUCGCCCAACGGAAUUCUUCUCUUCCGAGAGAUCAGCAAGAUGUUUGUGGCCUAUGGAUCAAGGAUGUUAACGUUAGGAGCCGACAUUCCAAAGGACCAAGUUUACCCCAUGAAGCUGAAGGGCGUGUCCAUCUGUUUUGGCAUGUUGAAGGCGGUCCUGUCGGGCAGCUACGUCAACUUUGGCGUGUUCCAGCUCUACGGCGAUACCUCGCUUGAGGAGGUCCUUCAGAUGUUUGUCAAGUUACUGCUGUCCAUACCCCUCAGCGAUUUACUGGAUUAUCCCAAGUUGAGCCUGAACUACUACAGCUUACUGGAGAGUCUCGCCAAGGACCACAUGGCCUUCCUGAGCGGUCUGGAACCCCAAGUAUUUCUGCACAUUCUCUCCUCGAUAUCGGAGGGCCUGACUGCCUUAGACACGGUGGUUUGCACGGGAUGCUGCGCUACGCUAGACUCCAUCGUAACCUACCUCUUCAAGAGAAUAUCCAAGUCGGCCGGGAAGAAGGCGAAAAAGGAAAACGACAACUUCCCUUCCAUCAUGGUGGUGCCGCCGGCGAUACUACAACAGAUGUUGUCGACCGUGUUGAAUAUCAUCAUGUUUGAAGAUUGUCGCAACCAGUGGUCCAUGUCAAGACCAUUACUUGGGCUGGUUCUCCUCAACGAAGACUACUUCACUGAGUUACGAGAGAGCAUCAUAAGCUCCCAGCCGGUUGAAAAACAAGAGGACAUGCGAAUGUGCUUCAAGAACCUCAUGGACGGCAUCGAGGCAAACCUCAGAUCCAAGAACAGAGACAGAUUUACCCAGAACUUGUCGGUGUUCCGUCGCGACGUCAACGAUUCCCUCAAGACCACGAACAACUCCUCCGUAGUGUCUUCACUAAGCAGCACGGACAUGAUGAGCUAGCCCUGGCGCUGUCAUCUUGAGCCUUCGUGUAAUAUAUAAAACUGUACAAAAUUUGAACUUCUUACUUUUUGGAGGAGCAAGGGGACC